AGAAGCUCCACCAUGAGUCUGUGGACUAACGGCUCCUCCGCGGGUCUCUACCCGGGCACCGAGCCUCCGCUGCCGGGCUCCAACUCCUCGUCCAACCGCUCCUUCGGCUCCCAGCCCCGGGGCCCCCCCAGCAGCAGGACGCCGCCCCGCUGGACCUGAGCCGGGCGGGUGCCGGUGGGCAUGGUGCUGGCCUUCUUUCAUCAUGUUCGCCAUCGUGGGGAACAUCCUGGUCAUCCUGUCGGUGGUCUGCAACCGACACCUGCGGAUCCCCCACCAACUACUUCAUCAUCAACCUGGCCAUCGCAGACCUGCUGCUGGGCACCACCGUGCUGCCGGGUGUCCGCCACGCUGGAGGUCCUGGACCACUGGGUGUUUGGUCGGAUCUUCUGUGACAUCUGGGCGGCGGUGGACGUGCUGUGCUGCACGGCGUCCAUCAUGUCUCUGUGCGUCAUCUCCAUCGACCGAUACAUCGGCGUCCGCUACCCGCUGCAGUACCCGAUGAUCGUCACCGAGAAGCGGGCGCUGCUCGCCAUGCUGGGCGUCUGGAUCCUCGCCAUCGUCAUCUCCAUCGGCCCGCUGCUGGGCUGGAAGCAGCCGCCGUCACAGGACGACACCGUGUGCCUCAUCACCGAGGAACCGUUCUACGCCCUGUUCUCCUCGCUCGGUUCCUUCUACAUCCCUCUGGCCGUCAUCCUCGCCAUGUACUUCCGCGUCUACAUCGUGGCCAAACGCACCACCAAGAACCUGGAGGCCGGCGUGAUGAAGGAGCGCCAGGAGAACUCGGAGCUCACCCUGAGGAUCCACUGCAGGAACCAGCAGAUCCAGGAUAUAUGCCCCGCCCCCAAGCCCGGAGGGGGCGUGGCCUCGGCCGCACGCAGCGCGCUCACCGUCAAACUGCUCAAGUUCUCCAGAGAGAAGAAGGCGGCCAAGACGCUGGGCGUGGUGGUGGGAAUGUUCAUCCUGUGCUGGCUGCCCUUCUUCCUGGCUCUGCCCAUCAGCUCGUUCAACAACAGUCUCCGUCCUCCUGAAACUUUCUUCAAAGUUAUUUUCUGGUUGGGAUACUUCAACAGCUGCCUGAACCCGAUUAUCUACCCCUGCUACAGCCGCGAGUUCAAACAGGCGUUCAUCCGGAUCCUCCGCUGCCGUUGGAAGAGGAAGCGUCAGGGCUGGCAGGCGUACUAUAACUACCGCAGCCACCAGGGCUCCAACACCUCGUCCUUCCUCAACGGCAGCCAGCAGACGCUGUCCUCCGUCAGCGCCAGCCCGCGCUGCGUCGCCUCCAGGCUCCGCCCCCCUCCCUGGCCCUCCUCCUCCUCCUCCGACCGAGAGCUCCUCCCCGGGUCGACCGGCGGGCGGCGGCCGAGCCCGGUGUCCCCGCUCGCCAAGGACGCAAGGAGAGAGGCGGCGGCGAACGGUCGGAGUGUGAACAAACUCUGA